UUCAUAAGAACUAUUUUUUUCAACAUGUAUUCUUCCAUUGUGGUGUAUUAAAACAAUUGUAUUAAUUGCGGUAAAUCUUAUUUGGAAGUGCAGCUUUAAAAACUUGUGUUUUGAUUUAUUUUUAAUAGCACAUACCAUGCAUUACGUUGUUAGUUUUGGUGCAAAUUAAUCAAUGGCAUUGCCUUGUACUGGUUUGAAUUGGCAUUGAUACAAAAUAUAGAACAUGCGUCAUUUAGUGUUACUUCAUAUUUAAAAUUCUUAAAAUACAUUUGAGAAACUCCCAUGAAAUUUUCACAAAGGAAAAUACAUGAGGUGAAUAGACAACUAAACGGAUUACAUUUUUUUACUCAACGCAAGUGUAACGUUGACAUUUUUUGAAGUUAAUUAUCUGUUUGAUCAUAAACUUUGUCUAAAUGGGUGACAGUGAAACAAUAAGCAUUAUUCGCACUCGAGCGCUGUACAAACUGAGCUAUUACGUACAUCUAUAAAUAGAGUUGGGUUUUGCGCUGCAAACACCAUUGAUGACCAAGUACAUGAUUAUACUGUGACAGUGUUUGGAUUUGCUUCAGAAGUUGUGCUUUUAUUAAUCGACGGAUUCGACCAUAUUAAACAAACGGAUAGUGAUUCGCCUGAUCUUAUGUCAUAUCAAUGAUAUAUUUUAUAAAUGAUUUAACUUUAUACACGUGCAGUCUCUAAGUUAGGAUCCCACGCUUUUGGCUAUUUUGACAUAUUUGUAUUCGUACUAAUAUGGGAAUGAUUAAUUUUUCCAUUUAAUGGUGAAUUUAAUUCAAUUCCUGGUUGCUCGAGUGCAUAUGCAUGUAAACAUCACCCAGGUAUGUAAGGUGAGAAUAUCGUUAUCAUAUUCUAUGUUAAACUACCAGGAGUAACUAGGAGUUACAUUUCAGUGAUAUUUUUCAAAGGAUCAAUGGAUGUGAACAUGUCCUGGCAAGCGAUGUUAAAUGACACCUUCAUUCUGAUUCAAUAAGAAGCAUUGAUAAACCUUGUUUGGGGCAACCCUGCAAAAGAGUAGCUGAGCUAUUUGUAUGGAUGAUUCAGACUCGGGAAUACAAGGAAGCACAAAUCGGUCUUGUGACUUGGGCUUGGCCCUCUAGACAAAAUCAGGAUUUGCUCGACAUGCCAUGGGACAAAUGGUAGCGCUGUAUAUGUUGUUUUAUUGUGUAAAUGAUACUUAAUAUGAAGUGAGUUUAAAGUGUUUUAGGCAGUGAAAUAGCCAUGUGAGGGUGGCAAGUUAUUUUUUAAUCACAUGAUAAUGUGACAAAGAAAGAUGGCCUUGUAUAUAAAAGAGGAGGAUCAUGAUUUACGAACGUUUUAUUCGUUUACUGAUUGCCAUUCAUAUUCGAACAAUACAGUUUAUUAAAGUGCCGGGUAGAACGGAAAUUUAAUUUCAGUGAAUGCAGAGGUCCGGAAUUUGCUAUGCGAUAAAGUAUUCGUUUUGCAAUGCUUCUGAAUUGCCAUGGUAACUACUUCGUUUAACCUGUCGACAAGUUACAGUCGUGAUAAGCUAUAAAGAUGGGGAAUGUGACGCCUUCAUCUUGUACGCUUGAAGGUCGUGAGGAUGAUUUAAAGAGUUUAGUAAGCUAUACCAAGCUGAAGGCAGGGUAUAGAUUAAUCCAGAUAUACGGACACGAAAAGGUUGGAAAGUCCAGGGUUCUUAAAGAACUGUUACGACAGAUACCGACUGACGAUGGGUGCAAGAGAAAGCUUUUGUAUCAAGAUUUUAAACUUGACGUUAACAGUAAAAUUUUUCAAAGGUCAUGGGUAAAACAAAUGUGCAAUUCAUUUGAAAUAGACUUUAAAGCCCUUGAAAACACUCUAAAACAACAUGUGUGUGAGUUAUUUAAAGAAUGGUUCAUAGAUGUUGUGGACGAGCAAGAUGAGAACGUGCUGUUAUUUCUCGAUAAGGUGGACCCCUUUAUGAAAUCACCUCUAAAAGACAACUUUCUCGACUUUUUGAAUAUGUCUCUCAGCAAGUGUUCUAGAUUGCAAAUCGUGCUGACAACAUCCAUUAAGUUAAAAAUCACACAGCUGACUGUAAAAGAUCAUGAGGUACGCCCGCUAGGGGAUGACGCCGUCAUGUGCCUGCUCCACGAAGUGACAAACAACUACUACAAGGACUGCAAACUAGAGGAUCGCGAGAUGCACAACGACUAUCUAGAGGGGGUUGCGAGACUGUGCGAAGGUCGGCCGCAAAUCGCCAUUACAGCUGGUGUGCUACUCGUAGAAGACAACUAUUUUUUUAAGCCGCGGGAACUGCUCGAACUCAUGAUUUCCUGUCGCCGGGAUGUCCUCAGUCCCUUUAACUGUCCACCUGGCGAGCGAAUGGAACACUUCACUGAGAAUUUUAAGCAGCUGGAUGAAGAGAAACAGACGAGAUUUAAGCGGUUGUCCCGUUUUGGGCCGGAAGCAACCACCGCCGAAGAUUCAACCUUUGCCAUUCUCAACAGAGAAAACGAUUCGAAUGCAAGGGUGAAACUUUUUGUAAAGAAACUUUUUGACUAUAACUUGAUGAAGAGACAUCCCGAGGACCAGACGUUCGAGCUCCAUGGUGUUGUGAGGGAAAAUGUGCUCGCUCCAACAGAAUCGGACUCAGAUGAGGGCGUCCUGAUAGCACGGACAAAUGCCAUGACGCUCGGAAUGAAGUUAACCGAUGCCCAGCUGAGAGACCCACGCCUCCUCGAGGCUGCAUUGAAGCCUACAGGAAACUAUAACGAUUCUACACUCAAAAAAACAAAGGCCAGCCUCCCUGUAGACUUGAACAAAAAGGACGUUGAGGUGGUUGGCGGAGAGAGGGACGACUGCUCGACUAUUUAUGCGCGCGAGGCCAAGGAGCAUGAGGAAAAGGCGCAACAACGAUACGCGGACAACGGCUGGGGGAAACUCGCUCUCGUGGAGACCACAUGCAGAAGGGCAACUUCGGAGGGGCGAGAGGAAGUUGUUUCCCAAAGGCAGGAAAAAUCCUCUGUUCUAGAUGAGCAUGAUCAAUCACUUGAUACGAACACUCUUGAAGAUUUAGAAUACGAUAGUAGACGAACAAUUUCUGCUGACGACAAAGUUGCUCCUUUUUUUAAUUCAUCUAGUUCUAAUCAGGCGGGAGCUGGGUCACUCGCCGACUGCUCUUUGCAGCCACCUUCCUACCAGACCAUGGAUCCCAUGCGACCUGUGCAUGCGCUUCACCUUGGAAAGCCGGCUGACGUAGCGACGGGGCUAUAUCCUCCCCCUCCUUACGAGUGUUAUGCACGCGCUCCACCUCUGAGCCAAGUGUGUCCCUUACCCACAACAUCAUGUGUCGCCGUAGUGCGGCCGGAAAUUACCUCUAUUGACUCCCGAAUCGGGCCGACCGCUCUUUCCCCGGACAAGGACGUUGAUCGAAUUCCCCGCCAAAAGUUAUGGAUCAAAGACCGUCAUUGAGACACAAUUGGAUGGGAUAACUGAUUAAUCAUACCUGCAAGACGUUCAUUUCCAGCACUGCCUGUGCUCGGGGUGUUUGCAUCUAGCAGCGAUGUUAACUACCACCUGAAUAUAAUCUAAAACGUGUUUAAAUUGUAUUUCUUAAUUACUAUUCAUUUGUGAAAAAAAUUGUUAAUCAAAUAUAUUUCUGUGUUAAUGAUUUGUCAUUAUGUCAUUUUAUGAAGAUUUUUUUGUAAAUAUAUGUAAUAUGUAUGGUGAUCUCCAAUCGGAUUCAGGGCAGUCCAUUCUUUCUUGCUGAUUUUGGCGUUUAUUUUUCAAUCAUAACUUGGCGGUGGGAUGUUUUAUGAAGAAACGGGAAACCACGUCGUUAUCUAUACGACUUGAAGCUAAUUUUCAUAUCAAUUUUAGUAUGAGGUGGAACAAUUCCAUUGCAUCCUUUCCCCUUAUACUAUAUUUACUUGAUGAGGUCUCAAUGUUGAACGAACUUUUAAAUGUCGAAAUAAUGUGUAUUGUACAUUUAAUACUCAAUUGGCCGAUUGUCGUUUAUAACGCUGUUAACUUAAAAAAGGUUCCUAAUAAUCGACCCAUUGUCAUUCAUGUACGAUUAUACUCUUAUCAUUUAUUAUCAGUGAGUGUUGCUCAAAUGCUGAUUUCAUGACGUGAUGUUUUUUGACAUGUUUUGUUUUUGUGUUCUAUGUCCUUGGCGUUUACCCAGUGCCAUUAAACCGGUUUAUGUUUAAACUUUUUGCCUUUAAGCUUGUUUCUGUAGUUUUUCACAUAAGUAUGUAUGUUAUUUAUGAUAUAUUUGUAGUGUGAUGAGUUCAUAUCAUUAAAAAAUAAAACAAAAAGGACAAACAUUGUCAUCCCUAGUUAAGAGAGUUCUAUUGCAGUAGAACAGUGUUACAUGCACGUAUUGGAUAUGGCAGCUUCUCAUCAUUUUCAUACUAUACAUAUGUGUUUUUGCAAUCAUGUACAUAUGCCAUUAAAUGUUAAUUAUAUAAUAAAUGACAGAUAACAGA